CUCUUAAAGCUUAUCGUUUUCUCUGCCGUCUCUCUCAUUCGCGCGACGCAAACGAUCUUCAGCCAUGGCCACCGCCGCAGAUGUUGACGCUGAGAUUCAGCAGGCGCUCACUAACGAGGUCAAGCUCUUCAACCGCUGGACCUAUGACGACGUUACGGUCACAGACAUCAGUCUUGUUGACUACAUUGGAGUUCAGGCAGCUAAACAUGCUACCUUUGUUCCCCACACCGCUGGAAGAUACUCUGUGAAGAGAUUCAGGAAGGCUCAAUGUCCCAUUGUUGAGAGGCUCACCAACUCUCUCAUGAUGCACGGGAGGAACAACGGUAAGAAAUUGAUGGCAGUGAGGAUCGUCAAGCAUGCCAUGGAGAUUAUCCACCUCUUGUCUGACUUGAACCCAAUCCAGGUCAUCAUUGACGCCAUUGUCAACAGUGGUCCACGUGAAGAUGCUACCAGAAUUGGAUCUGCUGGUGUUGUUAGGAGACAAGCUGUUGAUAUCUCUCCUCUAAGACGUGUUAACCAAGCUAUUUUCUUGAUUACCACUGGUGCUCGUGAAGCUGCUUUCAGAAACAUCAAGACAAUAGCUGAGUGCCUUGCUGAUGAAUUGAUCAACGCAGCCAAGGGCUCUUCCAACAGCUAUGCCAUCAAGAAGAAGGAUGAGAUUGAAAGAGUUGCCAAGGCCAAUCGUUAAGGAUUUUCCUUUUGCCCUGAGGGUUGCAAUCUUAUCAAUGAGUUUAAUGUUAAACUUUUAUCUUCAUUUAGAUUGAAAUAUGUAUCUCAGAUGUUUUGCUCUUUUGUUUUAUGAAGUUUAUUUCGUCUGAACUACUUUGAAUAGAUAAAUUUUGAUGCU